UCAUCACAUACACAUUCAAAAUGUCUACUGCUGAGCUGGCCAACUCCUACGCCGCCCUCAUCCUCGCUGAUGAGGGUCUUGAGAUCACUGCCGACAAGCUGCAGACCCUGAUCAAGGCUGCCAACGUUCCCGAGGUUGAGCCCAUCUGGACCUCUCUGUUCGCCAAGGCUCUUGAGGGCAAGGACGUCAAGGACCUCCUGACCAACGUCGGCUCCGGUGGCGGCGCUGCUGCCCCCGCUGCCGGUGGUGCUGCUGCUGGCGGUGCUGCUGCUGCCGAGGAGGCCAAGGAGGAGGCCAAGGAAGAGGAGAAGGAGGAGUCCGACGACGACAUGGGCUUCGGUCUGUUCGACUAAAUGGUUUUCAAUCCCACCGCCAACUGCCGCCGUCAAAACGAGCACAAAACCUACGAGCACAAUCCGACCGAACCGACAUAUCCUCACGACAUCUCCUCCCGCUCCGCUGUACUUCCUACGGUAUCUGCAUUGGGUUGCGGGUCUUUUUUUUCUCUCACAAUGCUACGCUGCUUCUUAGUCUAGCAAAUACCAGCCAUCUACGAAAAAGGGAUGGGGAGGAAGGUUUCUUCUCCUUUGGUAUCUGGUCGCAGGAAUGGAGUAGAAGGAUCCGGAAAUUGAUGACCUUUGCAAAUUGAAAAGGCAAACUUAAAAGAA